AUGGAGCCAGAGCCCGAGGAGGAGAAUGCCACCAAGGCAGAGCGCAUGGCCUGGCUCCGUGCGCGUGGAGUUCGGAUCGAAGAACCGGGACAGCAAAGUGGUCCUGCUGUGACCGCUAGUGGACGAAGCUUCAUUUUUGUGAAGAUCCCGGCAGAUGAUAGCAGCUCCUGCGAAGAGCUUGAAGGCCCACAUUCCCAGGGAGAUGCUUUGCCCAGCAUUUUGGGCUCUAAAUUUGCAGGGUGCGAGCUCUCUGACGACGAACUAAAAGCGCAUGCUGCGAUCCAGGGGCAACCUACUGUGGACGUCUCUGUCUUGCGCAAACUGGUGACACAGGGACGGGCUGAGUCCUUUCGUUUGGCCGUGCCCACCGAAGCCAACGGGCGGGAAACUGUUUACGCCUAUCUGGAUGAAGCUUCAGAGAUGAAGCUGCUGCCAUUGAAUCAGAGAGCCAGCGCAAUUGCUCAAAGUUGUGGCUUUCCGUCCAGCUGCCAAUUUCGUGGCGAUAUCUACAUCGGACGCCUUCGCUGGCUCAAGGGUGGCUUGGUGGAGAACAUUGAUAUCCGUCUUCCUGAGAUGGAGCUCGGCUCCUUUUGGAUGAAGCGUGCGAUCACUGAGAACCUGGAGUUCCAAGCCUCAACACAGCCUGAAGAGCAUGCUCGUGCACAGGCUGGCGCUGAACAUCCGGCCAGUGGAUCUGGAGAUGGAUACACUUGGAAGGAUGAAGAGGAGGAGCUCGAGGUGAUCCUAGAGGUCCCUGAAGGCACGACCAAGAAGGAUGUGAAGAUCGACUUUCGCCGGGAGGAAGUUCGGAUCCUGAAGCCCAAGACUUUGACGCUCAAACUCUUCAAGUCUGUUGAGGUGGAUGGUUGCUCCUGGACCAUGGGCAAAGGCCAGAUCGUGAUCACACUCGAGAAGAGUGAGGCUGCUCCCUGGCCACAGCUCCUUAAGGAACUUGAGGGUCUGAGCUGGCUUUGUGGGCCAAAUGGCAUCACCGCGGUCAGCUUGUCACAGAAACCACCACUCGAGCUGAAUGGAGUGACCGAUUUGACAUUGGGUGAGAAAGAGAUUCGGAGCCUUGCGGGCAGGUCGCACAAGUACUUGAGCUUGAGCUCAAGCAUGUCCCAGAGCCGAGAGAGCACCUUGAGGCUGAUGGAGUUGGGCGCAGACAUGAAGCUGCAGAGGUUGAGCCUAGCUUCUGCCUGA